UGUGUGAUUGAUUCGGAGAGAUUUUGAUCCGGUAAGGCUGUGGAGUUGAACGAAUCCGCCGGAAAUCUCCAUUACCGAUCGGUUUGCGGCGGACUGCUAUACAUAGGUUGCGCUGAUCUACCGCCGUAGAUUUCUGAGCGACCGGUUUUAAUGUUCGGUUUCUCUGAAUUUUUUGUUUCUUCAAGCGUGUGAAGCAAGUUUCAGGUUGAAAUUAGAGAGAUCGGGGUGGUUUAUGAUGUUUGAGCUUUAGAACGCUUUUUUAGCGUUUGAACGAUCUGUUUCGGUGGCAGGGGAAUGCUGCAUUGGAAUUUAGAUAAGUGCUUAAUAUGUCUCGGUUAGGCUGUUGGCUUCCAAUCGACGGUUGAAGGGGAUUUUCUGUUGAGAUACUCCUGCAUUCAUAUUCAAUCUAUUUAUCCGUUUCAUUUUUUUCAGAAUUAUCGAUGGUUUGUAGAUAUACCCUCGAGGAGCAGAAGAGAAAGGAAACACCUAUUUGCAAAUCACCAGCCAUGAUCGAUGCACAACGGUGUGUAAUUUCAGAGCUUUCUAGUUCCUUCAAUACGGACUCCAGAUCUUUCCUGAAAAAUAGAUUGCUAAUAGCUUGUAUGUUGAAAAACUUGAUGGAUAUUGGGGAAGGUAUAUUCGACAAGUAUGUCUGUAUAGGUGGUCUGGAUUCCGUAUGCUUAAAGAAAAAGAAGCUUACAGUUUCUACCCGAUCUGGUGGAGAUUCCACUGGUCAGUCAUCAGGUGAUAGUCUCAUACCUGGUCUGUAUGAUGACAUGGCAAUGGAUAUUCUUACUUGGGCAAGUAGAUCAGAUUACCCAAAUCUUGCAUGUGUGAAUAAAAAGUUUAAUGCAUUGAUUGCUAGUGGGGUUCUUUACAAAUUGAGGCGGCAGAUGGGUGUCAUUGAACAGUGGGUUUAUCUAGCUUGUAGUAAUAUGCCUUGGGAAGCUUUUGAUCCUGCAAGGCAUAGGUGGAUGAGGUUACCUAGAAUGCCAUGUGAUGAUUGCUUCACGUAUGCAGACAAGGAAUCUCUUGCUGUAGGAACUGAGCUGCUCGUCUUUGGUCGGGAAUUAUCAGGAUUUGCAAUUUGGAUGUACAGUUUGCUUAAUCAUCAGUGGUCUAGAUGCCCCUUAAUGAACCUACCCCGUUGUUUGUUUGGUUCAAGUAGCUCUGCAGAAAUUGCUAUUGUUGCUGGAGGAAGUGAGAAGAAUGGCUGUAUUUUGAAAUCUGCUGAGCUUUACAAUUCCGAACUGGGUGCUUGGGAAAGUUUGCCAGAUAUGAAUGUGCCUCGUAAACUUUGUUCAGGCAUCUUUAUGGAUGGAAAAUUCUAUGUCAUUGGAGGCAUUUCUAGCCAAUCUGACCGUUUAACUUGUGGAGAAGAGUAUAAUAUGGAGACGAGAACUUGGAGGAGGAUCAAUGACAUGAUCCCUGGUUGGGGUGGACCUAUGCAGUCUCCUCCUCUGGUGGCGGUUGUUAAUAAUCAGCUUUAUGCUGCUGAUCUAACUACAAAUGAGGUGAAGAAAUAUGAUAAAACCAAUAAUACAUGGAAUGUUGUGAAGAGGUUGCCAGUUAGGGCUGACUCUAACAAUGGUUGGGGUUUAGCAUUCAAGGCAUGUGGUGACAAGUUGCUUUUGGUUGGUGGACGUAGAGGGAUUGAUGGUGAAGUUAUUGUGCUGCACUCUUGGUGUCCAGAGGAUGGGAACGGGGGAGGACUAGAGUGGGAUGUGCUUUCCAUCAGAGAGCGAGCAGGUGGGUUUGUGUACAACUGUGCAGUAAUGGGUUGUUAAUACUUGCAUCACUAUCUUCUGCGUUGGAUCUAAACCUUCUAGUUGAGAAACUCAGAUGCUUCUCUCUGUGGCAACUUGAUGUUGUCUGGGUGUUAUUCUUUUUCCCUCCGAAAAAUUGAUGUUGAUAUUAAAUGUUUUUAUUUCUGGUUCUCUGGUGCCUAUCCCUUCAUUGACUCUAUGAAUGUUUUUUAAUCAGAGAGUAGGGAACUAAAUUAACAUGGAGGCUUCUUUAGUUUUCUUAUCACAAUUCUGAUAAAGUUAGAGCAUGUAAAGGUCUAUAUCCUUGAGGAAGUUUUGGGUUGUUUGGUUAUGGUAUGAUUUUUUUUUCAUGCUAGUAGUACUUGUUACUGUUUUGAAAUCUUCAUCUUUGUGAUGAUUGUCAUUUGUAUGGAUAUAUUUCAUUGUCCUGUCUUGUGCAUUCAUUUUCAGUUUCUUGGAAACACUGAUUUCCUGCCUUUUAUUGUAAUAAGCAAAAUGGAGGCUAAAUUAUAAUAUCAAUUUGUUAAACUGGAUUCCAU